AUGGAUACCGAGAGAUCAGAACUAGCGGGACACAUCGCACAGACUGAACACCAGAUCAUUUGGAAGGCAACCGAAAGAAGAGCUCCAGACGGGGACAACACAAGGAAGCGCAAGAUUCGGGAGGCCGUUGACAUCCUUGGUGAGGACAAUUUAAUGAACAGGAGAUUGGAGGAAGGUAGAGUUAGCGAUAACUUUGCCUACUGCCUAAGGGAACUCAGGGAAAACAGGAAUGGAGCAAGACCAGUGAAAAAGGGACGCCUGGAUCAAGGAUCUACCGCUAACAGGAGGAAAAGGGAUUUUGAUGAUGAUAGGAAUUUAGUAAUGAAUUACUAUUAA